GCAGUGUUGUGUGUCACAGCGUGGCAGCAUCUGGCUCCAGCCCAGGUGCCACAUCCACAGGAGGAGCCUGUGGGGCCACCAACCAGCUCGGUCAUUAAUAGCCAGAGCUGAUGGGUUUCUGCUGCCCCGGCACCACCAGGCUUCCUUCUUCCUCUUUCCUUCCUGCUUGGGCUGGAAGAAGAGGGUAAAGGGCCCCUGAACAUUGAUCCCAUGGGUAUGAUGCUCAUGGGUGCCCGCAGCAGGGUGGGGGUGAGCUCAGUGGUCCAUAGCCAGGACCCUCAAAGUGAACCCCAAGCUGAUCCCAGUUUAUUUCCCUAUCCCCAACAGGGUUUUGGCCACAAUGGAGGUGAAGGAGCCGGUGGCCAAACGCAUCCUGGUGACGGGUGGCACCGGCUUGGUGGGGAAAGCCAUUGAGAAGGUGGUGGCUGAUGGAGAGGGGCGGCCGGAUGAGGAGUGGAUCUUUGUGUCCUCCAGAGAUGCCGACUUGACGAGCGCCACAGAGACCAAAGCCCUGUUUGAGCAGCACAAGCCCACCCAUGUCAUCCAUCUGGCUGCAAUGGUUGGAGGUCUCUUCAAAAACAUCCGCUACAACCUGGAUUUUUGGAGGAGAAACAUCCAUAUCAACGACAAUGUCCUGCAUUCAGCAUAUGAGACAGGGGUGCAGAAGGUGGUCUCCUGCCUCUCCACUUGCAUCUUCCCAGACAAGACAACAUAUCCCAUUGAUGAGACCAUGAUUCACAACGGGCCACCUCACAGCUCCAACUUUGGAUACUCCUAUGCCAAGAGGAUGAUUGACAUCCAGAACAGGGGCUACUUCGAGCAGCACGGCUGCCGCUUCACCGCUGUCAUCCCCACCAAUGUCUUUGGACCACACGACAACUUCAACAUUGAGGAUGGCCACGUCUUGCCAGGGCUCAUCCACAAGGUCUACCUGGCCAAACAGAAUGGCUCUGCUCUGACCGUCUGGGGCACGGGCAAGCCCAGGAGACAGUUCAUCUACUCCCUGGACCUGGCCAGGCUUUUCCUCUGGGUCCUACGGGAAUACGACGAGGUGGAACCCAUCAUCUUGUCAGGUGAGUCCCCAAAAUCCUCAUUCAACCCCUUUGCAAGAGGAUGGAGCCACCAGCCUCAAUCGUGCCCAUCUCCACAGUGGGAGAAGAAGAUGAAGUCUCCAUCAGGGAGGCAGCAGAAGCUAUCGUGGAGGCCAUGGACUUCAGGGGAGAGCUUCUUUUUGACACCACCAAGGCCGAUGGGCAGUUCAAGAAGACAGCCAGCAAUGCCAAGCUACGGCGCUACCUGCCCAGCUUCCAGUUCACACCCUUCAGACAAGCUGUGAAGGAGACCUGCGCCUGGUUCAGCACCAACUACGCCAAUGCCAGGAAGUGACAGGUCAAUGUGGCACCAGCAUCAUCCUCUUCAACUCAGGGUUGUCCUUUGCUGGGGCAGAGGACGGGGCUUGGGGGGGGACACUGACAUUUCCAAAGUACAAGAGGGCCACCAGAGCCCACUGAGAAGCCACCAUGGUCCCACCUGCUACUGGGAGCAGUGUGAGAUGCUCAAUGCAGGUGGAAGGAAGGUUUGGGCACCCCAAAAGGUGCUGGCACCCCAGACUAGGUGGGAACAGCCAACUGGAGCCACCACCUUGGCUGUGUCCAAGAAGCUGGUGGCUCUGACUGAGCCCUCAUGGGUUACACUACUAAUUACCUGUAAUCAGACUGUAAUAAAAGGAAGGUGAUCAGGGUUCCUCUGGCACAGGAAUGGUAACCA